AAAGACUCUUAAGGCCGCUGAUCCGUCCCUUCGGACUCGCGGCUGCCACACCUGAUCAGCAUCUACCUUGGUUGAUCUCACUUCCCAGUUCGGCCGGAAGAGAGACAGCCUGUCGACCGUACUCUCGGGACCUCACCAUGACGAUGACCCUGGAUGACCACAGUCGGCGUCGCUUCGGACCCUUGAGCUUCCACCACAUGCCUGCCUACUCGAGCCAGCCUCACUUCACGGACCCGUGGACGUCGUCGUCCUCGCCGACGGGACCGGCUCCCCAGGGCGGGAGCCAGCCACAUGCCCUCUACACCGGCAACCAGGACAGCUCAGGCCUGCCUCACCUCAACCUCAGCCCGCUCCCAAGACAGCCGCCGAGCGCGCAGCACCCGCACCACCACCACCCACAACACGCUCAGCACGCCGGCUCAACGGGCGGCAGUACCUCAAUGGCGCCGUACGGCUCGCUCCCGGUCACUGCGGCGUCGGCGGGCAGCGCGCCCAUGGCAGGUGUCUACCGGCAGCAGGACUUGCUCUCCAUCCCGCCAGAUCCCUUCAGUCUGAACCGCCUCCAGCCCCCCUCGACGUCGGCGGCGUAUGACGCAUCGGCAUACACCAGCUCCUCUUCGCCGGUGAGCGCGACGUACGCAACAACGUCGGCGUCUCCGUACGACCAGCUCGGCUACGCGCCGGCGCCGUUGAGGGGGACGGCGUUCGCGCUCGGACAGGAAGACGGCUCGAGGCGGUAUUCCCAGCAAAGUCUGCAAGCAGACGACCGGAGGAGCUUUCAGGAUGCGCUGGAGGCGAGCCACGGGAUGCUCUCGAUGAGUCAGGAGACGCCGCGGAACAUCUACGACGUGCGUAACAGGGCGCGGGGGUCGGCAGACUCAUACGGGUUCCCUUCGACACACUCGUCGACAUCCAGCGUCUCGUCGACCGGCUUCAGCGGCUACUACGGCGGCUCUGUCGACGGCUCGAUCAGCGACUACUCGGCGACGGGCUCCGACAUCGAGUCGCUGUCCGGCCGGACACUGCCCCGGCCACAGGGGCUGAUGUCCACCCAGCCGCCGGCGCCCCAGUCCAUGAUGGGGUCCUUCAGUUCCAGGGUGUCGUCGAGCGCGCAGAAGAAGCACAAGUGCAAGGUCUGCGACAAGCGCUUCACGAGGCCCAGCUCGCUGCAGACGCACAUGUAUAGCCACACGGGCGAGAAGCCAUUUGGGUGUGAGGUGGAAGGCUGCGGUCGCCGGUUCUCGGUUGUGUCCAACCUGCGCCGCCACAAGAAAGUUCACAAGAGAGGAGGCGAGACGCCAUCAGACACGGGCUCCGAGGACCACCAGUCGCCGUAACAAGAUGCCUCGAUACCCUUUGCUACCACCCCUCAAAAACAACAGACGGCCUUGCAGCACACGCGGUCUUUCCCCCUUGCACGACAUCCUUGAUAGACUUCUUUUACAUACGACCUUUUGAUUCCGCAUCGCUCGCUGCAUGUGCGCGGUCACUCGCCAAUAUAUCACCACGACGGAGAGCAAAACCGAUUCUCGGC